UUGUUAUAUUGCAGAGCGAGAGCUGUUCUCGAGCGCGCAAGGCUCUACCCAUACGCCUCUGGAUAUGUCGCCGUGGGAGAAUGGUGAUGGAGAUUUUAGCAUGAACUGAUACGAAAACUAUUCCCAAAAAUCCACGACGAAGGAAAGGGAGGAGGCAAACUAUGAUCCGAUGAUGAUUUCUGCCAAGAAAACUCCAGAGAAGUGUCGUUAUCCGGUCCACUAUUUGGUGUGGCACAACAAGCAUCGGCAGCUGGAGAAGGAGCUGGCGAGCAACGAACAGACAGACCUGGAGGCGGUGGACCCUCGGGGCAGGACUCCUCUGCAUCUGGCUGUGACUCUGGGGCAUCUGGAGUGUGCCCACGUCCUGCUGCAGCACGGAGCAGAUGUCUACAAAGAGAACCGCAAUGGGUGGACAGUGUUGCAGGAGGCGGUGAGCACGCGGGACCCUGAUUUGGUGCGUCUGGUGCUGCGUUACCGUGACUACCAGAGGACUGCCAAGAGACUGGCUGGCAUCCCCAUCCUGCUGGAGAGACUCAGACAGGCCCAGGACUUCUAUGUGGAGAUGAAAUGGGAGUUCACCAGCUGGGUGCCCCUGGUGUCUCGGAUCUGCCCCAGCGAUACAUACAGGGUGUGGAAGAGCGGGCAGAGCCUGCGAGUGGACACCACCCUGACGGGCUUCGAGCAGAUGACCUGGCAACGAGGCAACCGCAGCUUCAUCUUCAGAGGACAAGACUCGAGUGCAGAGGUGAUGGAGGUGGACCAUGACAGACAGCUGGUGUUUUGUGAGACUCUGUGCGUUUCGUCCUUGGGCUCUGUCCCUGUGAGGCAAGGCGGUAAUGGCGCCUGCUGUGGGACAGGGGGCGCUCUGGGGCUCCUCGGGGCCGCUCUGCCCAGUGACGAGCAGGUCGCGGCCAGACUGUCUGCUCCUGUUGUCACCACUCAACUGGACACGCGCAACAUCGCCUUCGAGAGGAAUAAGUCGGGAAUUCUGGGCUGGAGGAGUGAGAAGACGGAAAUGGUGAACGGAUACGAAGCCAAGGUGUACGCAGCGUCCAAUGUGGAGCUGAUCACCAGAACCAGGACGGAUCAUUUGACGGAUCAAAAUAAAAACAAACCCAAAGGUGGGAGGACUCCACUGCAGAACUUCCUGGGCAUUGCUGAACAACACAUGGGCCCCAACAAUGGAGCCUUGGUGACGCAGAUGUCGUGUCCUGCUGUCACAAAUCCAUCUGCGCUCACAGCAGAGGAGUACUUCAACCCAUCCCAAACCCAGAAGGACAUCGGACACCCGUGUCAGCUCACCACCAAGACCCAAAGGUUUAAAGCGAAGUUGUGGCUGUGUGAGUCCCACCCCCUGUCUCUGGCGGAGCAGGUGGUGCCCAUCAUCGACCUCAUGGCCAUCUCCAACGCUCUGUUCGCCAAACUACGAGACUUCAUCACGUUGCGCCUGCCGCCCGGAUUCCCCGUCAAGAUCGAGAUCCCAUUGUACCACAUCCUGAACGCUCGUAUCACCUUCAGUAACUUGAACGGCUGGGCAGAGGGCGUGAGAGGAGACCCAGAGGAGAGGCCUGUGGAGGGGGGGCUGCAGAGAAGGGAUCCCAGCUCAGAGACACCAUCACCGGGCAGCGAUUCGUCCAGCGUGUCCAGCUCCAGCUCCACCACGUCGUGCCGUGCUCCAGAGAUCCCUGUGUGUGUGUUUGAGCCCCCAGCCGGCUACACUCUGCUGGGGUCCCGACACAGAGAGCCCCUGAGGGAGGAGGACGAGGACCUGCUGCAGUUUGCCAUUCAGCAGAGUCUGAUAGAGGCUGGAUCUGAGUACGACCAGGUGACCAUCUGGGAGGCACUAACCAACAGCAAACCAGGGACCCACCCACUGUCAUGUGACCCCAGCCGCUUGGACAGGACGCCUCAGCACAAAGCCCGUCCUGCCUCCAGCCUCUGCUCCACUCCAUCCAAAAAACAACCAAACUCCUGUUGCUACGACGAACAGCUCCGCAUCGCCAUGGAGAUCUCAGCGCGGGAACAGGAAGAGGCGGAGCAGCGGCGGCGGCAGGAAGAGGAGGAGCUGCAGAGGAUCAUACGCCUGUCACUCAUGGAGAAGUGACUGCCGAUUGGCUCACAGGGCUCCUAGGGGCGGGGUCUGUGGUACAGCAAUGGACUGUCCAGGAGAAAAGAGCACAUUUGUGCCACGUCCUAUUUAUACUAAUGUACCUCCUCAGCUGUCAGUCAAACCCAGAGAGGAAAGAGGGAGGAUGUUGUGUCCAUGUAAUGUUCCUGCAUUAUAAAGAGCCUGUGAUUUCAAAUGGAGUAGGGUUCUGCUUUGUUAGAAUUAGUUUUAGUGUGAUGCAGUUUUUGGGUUAGAAAAAGAAAUCUGCUAACUACUCAACCAGCCAAAUCAUAUCUUUCCCAAUCUUUACUGUCAGCUGUGGCAUUUGGGUUAGCUACCAGAAAAUAUGAAACUGCACAAAACAGAGUGACUGCAGUGUAAAAUGAAGAAAUUACAUCAUUGCAAUGACUUGUGUAUAAAAGGCCAAUGAGGUAAGAACAUGUUUUAGAAUGAACUCUUUGCCUCGCCCAAUUAGUUCUGUCUUUUAUGUUGAGCCAUGACAACUAUCUGGGAUAAGAACAGGAAGUUGACUCCAAAUGGUUCUCAUCCAACAGCAUCUCUGAUUGGAUGAAAUCAACUGUACCUGGCAGUUGCUUCUUUGUGGUUCUCAUCCAACAGAAUGCCUUUUAACCCUUCAGACAUGUUUUACAUAACCACACAUAACUUUACAACCAUAAAAGAUAGGAACUUACAUUUUUUUCCAUUGAAAAGAUGAGAGUUGCGGCCUACUGAACAUAUUUCCGGCAUUGUCCUAUGUCACACACGCGUGAAUAUUUGGAAAAAUUUGAAAAUUAAUUGGAAAAAUGUGUGUCCAAUAGGAACUUUCUGCCAAAUACAUGUGCUCCAUCCAUUUUUAUUGGCCCAAACUUUGCCAAAGAGUGUAGUGAGUCAAGAUGUUUGACUGCUUUAAGCAUCUAUGUUUGAGAUAACUGAAAAAUCUGGUGUAAGUGCAGUUAUUUCUCAAAUAAAUGACAAAUUCCGGAUCUUGGUCUGCAUAAUUGCACAUCCCUUACUAUUUUUAUUUGAAAGGUUUAUUUCACUCAAAAUUACAAAUAAAAAUGUAAUAUACACCAUGGAAAUGCACUAAAGUGAUGUGGCUCUGUGCCCUGUACUUGACAGGAACCAGUGAAGUAAUGGGGCGAUUGCAUUUUUCUUUUGUUUUUGAGGGCAAUAACUAUAUUUUUACUUUACUUACAGACUUGAUAUUUUUCCCUUUUGUAGCUAAGGCCCUAAAUUAAGCAUUUUUUAUGUCCAAAAAAUUGUGUAUACAUGUUUGCCAUGCGUGAAGAGUGUGAAUUAUUUUCAGAUUUUUUUUUUUCAUCAUUUGUAUUUCUGGUCCUAUAGCUUUUAUUUCAGCCAUAUGACACAACUACAACAUGGAGAAUGUGAAAUAACAGAUUGUGCUGAAAAAAAAAAAAAAAAAAGGAUUAAUAACACUUCAUUAGGGGGUAAAAGGGGGAGUUUUAAUUGCUAAAUUAAGGAAAAAAAUCCAUGCGAGGACAAAUACUAAAAUUGCCUUUAUCUACAAUAUCCUUCAGUUUUCAGCCUCAUUUUUUCACGUUUACAAUAUACUGUUUAAAAUGCUUGUUAUAUAUAGGACCCUAAAAAACAAGAUUUAAAAUGGUGCUGACUUUGAUAUCGUUGACAUUCACAUUGGCUCUUUCCUGUUGGGUUUGAUUGACAGCUGAGAAAUUAAGUUUUUGAGGAGGGAGUUGAAUAGAGUCGGGACAUGCCAUUGAAGCACACUUUCUCCUCACAGAUGGACCUUUCCCCUGGCACCCCCUACAGGUGAUCUCUGGUGCCACAAUGUACUUUUGAGCAGUUUACAAGCAACAAUACAACGUAAUAAGAACAAAAAAGAUAAGUGAAUGCCUCUUGGACCAUCAGUGGCGGUGGUCAGUUUAUUAUGGAUGUAUGUCUGUUGGGUUUUCCUUUGUGUGCAUGUGAGUGUGUUACAAAACCAGCUCUGCAACAAACCACUAUGUUAAGAACUUUUAUCAUGGAGAAGAGGAAGCACCAAAAGAGUUGCCUGGGAUCCAAAAUACACACUUCUCCAGUACUUAGGAUGUGACGUGACUGACUGGUGGAUUAACAGGUCAGGGGCAUGCAUGGUCUGUCCGUAUCAAAACAAAUAUCACAAGGGACUAAAAAAACAUAGUGGAUUUCUGUAGAAUCAAUAAGCGAAGUACUAAACUCUGUUAAUCUGAGGUGAAUUGUGAUUUUAUUCAGUAUGAUGGGCAGGGGCAGUCCCAUCAGGUUUCAGUAUGGGUGCUCACUUAACAUGUUCGUUUCGAGCCUUUUAACAAUUUAAAUUCUUUUAAUAGUGAGUACCCCCACCCCUUACCCUUUUUGCUUUGUUGUUUUAAGAUGCAUUGUUUAACUUUUCUGGUGGAGGGUCCAUGAUCUUCUUGUUUCUAUGGAUAUAUCAUUGCUCUGCCUGGAAUGUUCCACAGUAGACAUUAAACAGAUGUACAUUACAUUUAUUCAGUUACAGGUGAUUUUCUAGUUCAAAAAUACCUAGAAAAACAGUGGCUCUGAUUGUGAGCGGGGUUGCUUAAGGGUUAAUACCAUACUAUGAAGUAUUCCAGACAAAGCAAUAACAUCCACGGAGAAAAGCUUUGACGGACCCUCCUCCACAGAAAAGUGACACAAUGCACCUUUGAACAAAAUGUAGUUAGCAUCUUGUAGUGAUUUAUAAAACUUAAUAUUGAAUAAUUAUUUUCAAUAAAUCUGUGGUUAUCAUCUGAACAUUUUUAGUUGAGAUUGAAUGCAAGAAAAUGAAAAUAAAAAAAUGAAAAAGGCAAAAAUCUAUGGGGGAGCUAUAGGGUGUGCAUUGGCCAUUCUAGGGGAGCCUAAUUCCCACUCAAGCCCCCUGAUUCCCCCCUGCUGAUGGUUAACCAGUUAUCUUCUUUGAUUCACCUGCAUCACUGAAAAAAAAACAAAAAAACUGAUUGGACGAUCAUGUUUAGUUCUGUGGUGACCAGAAAGAAAUCCCCUGUAUGAAAAAUAGACAUCAUUCUGGAUUUGCCAGGCAACCAAAAGACUUAAGAUUUUGCUAAAUAAUUUGCUUUAAUUUUAAACUUAAAGGGAUUAUAUGUAGUUAGUUACAUAAAUAUUCAUUGCAGCCAUUGCAUCUACAAGAGCACUGUUUUUAAGAAGUCAGUACCACUUUACAACAACUCAAGAGGAAAACUCACUAAACUAACAAUUUUUUAAAAUCUUUUUUUAUGGUAGACUUAUCACCUUCUAUUAAUUUAUUUAUUUUGGUGGAAAAAGAGCACUACAUACACUCCCUUUAAAGGAUUGUGAAUUUGAAUGUGCACAAAAUUGCUUAUGGACAGUUGAAUAAGCUUCUUCAGUUUCGUUUUGUUUUAAGCACAAACCGUCCCAAUGUACUGUACUCUGCUUGUGGUGAGUUCAGAUACGAGCGAUUUUUAUGGGCUGAUGAUGGGAGCACAAAAUAACCAAACUGUGGCUAAGAGGAUUACCAAUAUUAGAGGCUUGAAUGAAAGACUGCAUUAGUGAAUGUGACAAGUUAGUACAUAAUUUAGGGUUGUCAAUAACUUGCAAAGUGAAACUAAAAAUAAUAAUAUGGUAUGUACAAUAACUCAGCAUGGUUUGCACCUCUACACAGUAAAGACAGUUCGCCAGCUUUGACUUUUGCUACAAAAUGGUCUUUAAUGUGUUGAAAUAUAUUUAAUAUGUUAGAAGGUUACUAGGCAACAAGGUACUGAAAAAAUAAAAGGGUAUUGGUAAGGGUUGGCCACCAGCUACCCUGUUAUGUUCUUGUUUCGGAGAGAAUGUUCCACACUACAGCUUUAAACUUCAAUCUAGUACAAGUGAUCCUUUCUUUUGUAAAAUUAAUGACGUUCAUGGUUCCUGACAAACAAAGAAUAAAUAAAUAAAUAAAUCUCCAUGGAAACCCACAGAUGACACUGUGUAAGGGAACCAGUGGCGGCUGGUGGAAUUUUUUUUUAUUAGGGGGGUGGCAUAGGUCAAAAUCAUAAAUAUAUAUUAUAAAUAUAAAUAUAUCUAUCAGUCUAUAUCUAUCAGAGCACAAUGCACAACCAAGCGCAAAGUUUAUGCAGCAGUACAACCUGAUCCACUGCUCAGGCUUCUGAAGAGAAGAUAUAUUACUCCCUAAAAACUGUUACUCGGAUGCACUUUGACUUGAAAUUGAACUUGCCAUAGCUGUAUAGUACAAAGCUCUGUUGGUAUCCAUUCAUUAGCCUGUAGCAGUAACAUGCUGCCAGUGGAGAGUUGGGGCUGGGCGGGAGCUAGCUGCACACUGAAUCACAAUGGUUCAGAUGUGUGAUCAUAUUUAUAAAAAACAAUCACCUGAGUUCGGGUCUCCCGCACCCUGCACCACCGAGAUGUAUUAAUGACAUCAAAUUUUCUCAAAACUUCAGACUCUCCCACAGAACUCCGUUAACUUGCUCCAACUCAGCAAACUCAAAUUCCAAACACACGACUCAAAUAAAGUGAUAUGAGCACAUUUAACAUGAUAAAAAUAUGUCUAUGCAGAAACAUAUAGCCUGAUACAAAAUAACAACUUAAUAUAUGUUUUUUGUUUUGUUUUUUUAAAUCUAGGUCAAAUUAGAGGCACACUUACGCCCUCUACUGACCAGCCGCCACUGAAGGGAACAUUUCUUGACACGUUCCCUCACACAAAGUUAUGGGUCAGAUCAGUGGAGGUGUGUCCCAACUCAUUGUAAGAAGGCUUUUUGACCAAAAAAAAACACAUGUAAUAGAAUAAAUGCAAGAUACAUUUGCUUAAACCCACAUUGAGGAACAUUCUAGGCAAGCAUCUCCAUGAAGACAAACAGGUGCAACAUUUAGCGCACUCAAAUUCAGUUACAAAAAUCCUCUCCAAUUUCUUGACAUAUUCCAAUACGCAUAUAAAUAAGUUCACAAUUUUGCAGGGCUCAAAGCUGGUCAGACUUUACACAGUUCCGGAGAGUUUUGUUUCUUUUACUUUCCUACAAUAUAAUAAUGUACCUUGACACCAACAGCACAACCCAAUGAAAAUGCCUUCUCUCCUGUUUAAAGCUUGCUUGGUU